AUGACAAGUGAAGAAAACUGCGGUUCUGCGGAGGCGCAAGUUGAAGGGAGAGAGGAGGGACUGGGGGUGGAAAAUAGAGAUGUCGGUGGAGAGGAAACAGGGGAAGUCGUGAUGGAAGAGGAGAAGGGGAUUGAAGGAGACGGGAAGAUGGAUAUAGAAGGGGAUGCUUUGAAUAAGCUUAAGAAGAGAGGUCGAAAGAAGGGGGUGACAGGUGCUUCAAGGAAGGGCGAGAAGGAGGUUGCCCAAGAGGGAAGGAGUGGGGAGAAAUUGGAGGAAAGAACGACUCCUGUUGAUAAUCUAGAGAUAGCAGACGGAGAUGAUGGAAAUUGUACGAAAGAAGAAGAUUGUUUGGCUGCUGCUGUUAAUGGGCAAGGAAAUAGUGGGGGUGAUUUGAAGAAUAGGCUGAGAGCAGUUUCUAAGAGGUUUAGUUAUGCUGAGGUUCUAUAUGAAGAUGAAGAACUUGUGGAAAAGAAGGGCAGACGGAUGGGCAGGAAGAAGAGGAAAGUGGUUCGUUCUGAACAACAAGAAGAUGAUCACAAUGAAAGUGGAGAGAAUGGGAUGCCCCAGAAGAAGAGAGCAAGAAGGGGCAGAGCAAGGAAACAAUGUUCUGACAUUGAAGGUAGUGAAGGGAAAGAUGUUAAAGAGGAGGGGAUUGAAGGAGACGGGAAGAUGGAUAUAGAAGGGGAUACUUUGAAUAAGCCUAAGAAGAGAGGUCGAAAGAAGGGGGUGACAGGUGCUUCAAGGAAGGGCGAGAAGGAGGUUGCCCAAGAGGGAAAGAGUGGGGAGAAAUUGGAGGAAAGAACGACUCCUGUUGAUAAUCUAGAGAUAGCAGACGGAGAUGAUGGAAAUUGUACGAAAGAAGAAGCUUGCUUGGCUGCUGCUGUUAAUGGGCAAGGUAAUAGUGGGGAUGAUUUGAAGAAUAGACUGAGAGCAGUUUCUAAGAGGGUUAGUUAUGCUGAGGUUCUAUAUGAAGAUGAAGAACUUGUGGAAAAGAAGGGCAGACGGAGGGGCAGGAAAAAGAGGAAAGUGGUUCGUUCCGAACAACAAGAAGAUGAUCACAAUGAAAGUGGAGAGAAUGGGAUGCCCCAAAAGAAGAGAGCAAGAAGGGGCAGAGCAAGGAAACAAAGUUCUGACAGUGAAGGUAGUGAAGGGAAAGAUGUUAAAGAGGAAGUUGAAGAAGAGAAAAGUGGCAAUUUAGGGAUAUCUGAUGGAAAGAAGAGAGGUCAAAGAGGGCGGAAGAAGGAUGGGAAGAAGUUGGAUGAAGUUGUAGGCAAUGAGAAAACUUUGGAAAAAUCAGAUGAGUCUUUGGGAAUAAACACUGAUGCAAGAUAUUCGCGCAGGGCCUCAAGAGUUCCCAAGAAAGAAGAGUCUGUGCUGCAAACAAAGAGAAAGACGGGCAAGGGGGGUGAAGGAGAAUCGUCAAUGUGCCAUCAGUGCCAGAGGAAUGAUAAAGGCAGGGUUGUGAGAUGCAUGCUUUGCAAACGGAAACGAUAUUGUAUCCCUUGCUUAACCAAUUGGUAUCCCAAGAUGUUGGAGGAAGAAAUUGCUGAUGCCUGCCCAGUUUGCCGGGAUAAUUGCAAUUGCAAGUCAUGCAUGCGCAUGAGUGGCCCUGUUAAAAGACUGGAAGAAAGAAUAAAUUUGAAGUUCAGUGAUGAUGAACAAAUUUUGUACUCUAGAUACUUGCUUCAGACACUUCUUCCAUACAUUAAGCACAUUAUUCAAGAACAAAUGAAAGAAGUGGACAUUGAGGCAAAAAUUCAAGGGGUGCUCCCAGAACAAAUGCAGUGUAUGCAGGCAGUUUGUCGUAUUGAUGAACGUGUAUAUUGUAAUAACUGCAGAACUUCUAUUGUCGACUUUCAUAGAAGCUGUCUUGAUUGUAAUUAUGAUCUGUGCCUUAUGUGUUGCUGUGAGAUACGCGAUGGAUAUUUGCAAGGUGGACAAAAGGAAGAAUUUAUAGCAUAUGAGGAUAAGGGUUUUGAUUACUUGCAUGGAAACCCUUCUAAAAACAAAGUGUUGAAGUGCCCAGAUGAUUCCCAUGUGGAAAGUAACUCCCAGCAAAAGAAUGCUGCAACCUCUGGGUGGAAGGCAAAUGCAAAUGGUAGCAUUCCUUGCCCCCCAAAGGAUUUGGGUGGGUGUGGUAAUGGCCUUUUAGAGCUAAGGUGUAUAUUUACAGAACAUGCUCUUGUUCAGUUAACAGAAAAGGCUGAGGAAAUAGCCAAAGAUCUCAGUCUUCAUCUUGGUCUCCAAUUUUCUAACCAACAAUGUCCUUGUUACACUUCAACGGGGGAAGUUAACAUUGACAAUAAUAAUUUAAGGAAAGCGGCUUCUCGUGAAGACACCUCUGACAACUAUUUAUAUUGUCCAGAAGCUAAAGAUAUUCAGAGAGGUGAGUUGGAACAUUUCCAAAGGCAUUGGGCUAAUGGUGAACCAGUUAUUGUUGGCAAUGUUCUUGAGCAAGCAUCUGGCUUGAGCUGGGAGCCAAUGGUUAUGUGGCGUGCUUUUCGUCAGAUUACGAAUACUAAUUACGAACAACAGUUGGAAGUUAAGGCACUUGAUUGCUUGGAUUGGUCUGAGGUAGAAGUCAACAUUCACCAAUUCUUUAAAGGGUACACAGAUGGUUGUUUUCAAGGAGAAUUAUGGCCCACGAUACUGAAGCUAAAAGAUUGGCCUCCAUCUAGUGAAUUUGAGAAGCUCCUUCCACGUCAUCAUGUUGAGUUUCUUUGUUGUUUGCCUUUUAAAGAAUAUACUCAUCCUAAAAGUGGGCUUCUUAAUGUUGCUACCAAGUUGCCAGAGCGUUCUAUAAAGCCGGAUAUGGGGCCAAAGUCAUAUAUUGCAUAUGGAGUUGCUCAAGAGCUGGGGCGUGGUGACUCUGUAACCAGGCUACAUUGUGAUAUGUCUGAUGCGGUGAAUGUUUUAACACACAUUGCUGAGGUGAAGCUUACGGAGAAUCAACUGGCUUCCAUCACCAAGUCAAAACAAAAGCACCAUAUGCAGGACCAGCUGGAACUUUAUGGAAUAAGUUCAAAGGAUAAACAGAAUAAGCCUAGUGAUGGGUCUUCAGACUUCUCUGCCUGCAACAAGCAGUCUAGUGAUAGAGUUGGUUUUCAAGAAGGUAAAGUUAACAUUGAACAAGGUCAAGAUGGUUAUUCUAGUCAGAGUGGCAAUAAUUUUGUGAGGGAACUUGGAAUGGAAGAGAGUGGGAAGACAGAAGUAGUUAAAGAAGAAUGCCAGGAUAACGGCAGAUCAUCUGAAACUUCUGGAAAUAAGAUUGAAGAGGGGGAAGCUGUUGAGGGAGGUGCUGUCUGGGACAUAUUCCGUAGACAAGAUGUUCCUAAGCUGCAGGAUUACCUUAAAAGGCAUUUUAGGGAGUUUAGAUAUGUCCAUUGUCAGCCAGUAUCACAGGUUUUUCACCCCAUACAUGACCAGUCCUUUUUUCUGACAAUGGAGCAUAAAGAAAAGCUUAAGAAGGAAUACGGAAUUGAACCAUGGACCUUUGUUCAGAAACUUGGGGAAGCUGUUUUCAUACCUGCAGGUUGUCCUCAUCAAGUGCGGAACAUUAAGUCAUGCAUAAAGGUCGCUCUUGAUUUUGUUUCACCUGAAAAUGUUGGUGAGUGUGUUCGCUUGACUGAAGAAUUUCGUGUGCUUACUCAAGAACAUAGGACACAAGAGGAUAAAUUGGAGGUGAAGAAAAUGAUUGUACAUGCAGUGUGUGAGGCUGUGAAUAACUUGGAUGUAGAUGCAAAGAUUAAGCUUGCUCACAGAGUCAAAUGAGUUGCAACUUUGUUCUGACAUCUUAGCUGAAAGUGACACACAGUUGAAGUGGACAAACAAUUUGGACUAGUUUCUCUGAACAUGGGCGGCAUUAUAUGCAGCAUCUAGUAAGAUGUGUAACACAACAACUGCUUUUGUUUCUGCUUAAGUACCCCUAAAUCUUGAUUGCCUUUCGUUCUCUCGGCCGAGGCCGAGCCUGGUGGAAAUGUCAAGGUUGUGCUUUGAUAAACUAUACAGGCAAAGCACAGCCUGGUUUUUGCAGCUUUUUUUGAUGAUUUCACCACAAAUUUACGUUAUAUUUUAUUUUGAAAAUGGCAAUGAAAA